AUGGGGACGAAGAAAGAGAACGAGAAGGACGAGAGGGAGGAUGAGGAUAACAAGCAUGACGAGGAGGUGGAGGAUGAUGCUCAGGAUGAGGAGCACUGUAAGAGAGAGUGGGGCAAGGGGGACUUUGAGGAAGAGGAAGACGAUGAGAACGUGGAGGACGAGGAGGUGGAGAACUAUGAGCAGGACAAGGUGCACGAAGAUGAAGAUGAGGAUGAGUAG